AUGGGGUCUGUCCGAGGUGUGGUCCGGCUGACCCCGGGGGGUGCGUGCAUGUUGUGCCUGUUUAUACUGGUAACGAUGACAAACGAGUGCUGUGGUUAUGUGGAUACUGAUGAGUUUGUAAACGAUUUGGAUAGACCAAUUAAAUUACGUUCAAGAUGUAAAAACAACCUAUUAUUAUUUAGUAUUUCAUCCCAACAAAUAAACUUUUUUUUGUCUAUAGUUCCAACGGCGCAUGUUGCUGGAGUUUUGGGUAAAAAAGGGUCUUUACCUUGCGACACCCAGCCGCUCUCAGCUGAUGAUAGAAUUGCUAUGGUACUGUGGUUCAAAGAAGCUGAUUGGGAACCAUUUUACAGUUACGACGUUCGUGGACGUAGCAUCAACCAACCGAAGCUGUGGUCAUCACCUACGGGUUUCGGUUCACGAGCGUACUUCCGAGCCACAGCGACCCCGGCUAUACUUCUAGUAGAUAAUGUCGGUACAGCUGACAGCGGAGUAUACAGAUGUCGAGUGGACUUCAAAAACUCACCUACUAGAAAUUUGAGAAUUAAUUUCACCGUUAUUACUCCUCCAAAUCGGCCAAUUAUAAUGGAUGCAAAGACAAGGGACCACACUAGGCUUUUGGAACCGUACAACGAAGGAGACACAUUGGAGCUGUUAUGUGAAGUUUAUGGAGGUGAUCCGAAACCAUCUUUGAUAUGGUAUUUAGAAAAUACCAUUAUAGAUGAAUCUUAUGAACAAAAAUCAGACGGAAGAACGAUAAAUAGUCUUACAUUUCCAAGUAUUGGUCGUCAACAUCUCAACUCCAGACUAAUUUGCCAAGCAUCGAACACAAACCUGACUCCUCCGCAGUCGAAACUACUUAUAUUGGAUAUUAAUCUAAAACCACUGACAGUGCAGAUUUUGAAUAAGAACAGACACCUAUCAGCUGAUAGGAGUUACGAGGUGGAGUGUAGAACGAUUGGUUCACGACCAGAGGCGCAAAUAACUUGGUGGAAAGAAAAAAAACCAUUAAGAGGCAAAGCCAGAAAUUAUUCCGAUACGAACACAACCACAAGUGUUCUUGUAUUCAUACCUGAAGCUGAGCAUCAUGAUAGUCAGCUGACAUGUCGGGCUGAAAAUACGAGACUUGAAAAUUCAGCGAUAGAGGAUACAUGGAAGUUAAAUGUACAUUAUGUUCCCGUUAUAACUCUGAAAUUGGGAUCUAAUCUAAAUCCCAGAUAUAUAAAAGAAGGUGACGACAUCUACUUUGAAUGCAGUGUGCAAUCAAAUCCAAAAGUGACGAAAUUAUCUUGGUUCAAAGAUCAGUCUAUGAAAAUCCAACAAAAUCCUAGUUCGGGUAUAAUUCUAAGCGACCAAAGCCUCGUCCUUCAACGCGUCAGUCGUAAUGCCUCCGGCGACUACAUCUGUUCAGCACAAAACAGUGAAGGCAGCGCAUCGAGUAAUCCUGUUUCGUUACAAGUUAGAUAUAGCCCAGUUUGCAAGUUAGACGAGGAACAAGUGUUUGGAGCGUCGCUACUCGAGCCGAUCGAGUUAUCUUGCGUCGUAGAUUCAAGUCCACAGCCGACAAGCUUUGAGUGGAUGUUCAAUAGAGAUGGUGACCAUAGCGAGUUACCACCGAGCUUAUACAACGUGUCUGGACACACAUCAGUGCUUCGGUAUAUUCCCAGUGAAGAUAAAGACUUUGGAACAUUAUCUUGUCUGGCCACUAAUUCAGUUGGGAGGCAGGAAAUUCCUUGCGUCUAUAGUAUAAUUGCUGCAGGACGACCGUCAUCUUUAAAAAAUUGCAGCAUAGUCAACGAAAGUGUCAAUAGCAUUUUUGUGGAUUGUAUUGAAGGAUUUGACGGAGGAAUAAGUCAAGUGUUCACUAUGGAAGUACUGGAAUUACCUUCGUACACUAUGCGAGCGAACAUAACAUCAAACUCAACGCCCAAUUUCGAGGUGACAGGUUUAAACCGAGGUUUGAGUUACGCUCUUAAUCUUUAUGCGAGUAAUCCUAAGGGUCGCAGUGAGAUAGUUACUGUGUACUCAGUGGCUGUACGCUCUCCGGAUAAGUACACAGGUGUGGGCAGUACAUUCAGCUUAUCCCCGUUGAUAGCAUCUCUCCUCACAGUCAUAGUAUUGCUCAGCGCCGCGACUUGUGCUAUCAUAUUCGCUGUCUACCGCAGACAUUUCUUAAGACGACACGUUAAACAACCGAUAAACCCGCAUUACUUGAACGACAGUAUAGAAUCAUUGCCCAAAAAUGAUUUGACGACGUACUCGUCUUCACCGAAAGUAGACUUCAAUACGCAAUACGAACUGAAGAUCAAUAGCGAAGUUGAAGACGAUCCUGAUAUCAUCGCUGUACAUUAUGAUAAGAAGACGCUCGACGAUUAUUGUAAAUCCAAGGUUGGAGAAGGUGACACUUCCAAAGUGUUCAGUGACACUGACACCAGUGUACCGAAUACAGGGAACAUAUCAUUUGUGAACCGAGGAGUAACAGCGCGAGUAUCGGAUCUACGAGUGAGGGAAAGUUGUAUAUAG